AUGGCGGAGCAAGAACCCAACGGAGUCAAUGGAUUCCAAUUCGAGUCCGAGCAAGGAGACCAACACAUAAACGGCGGUGCGAGCGAAGCCGUCAACGGAAACACCAGCAAUGGUGGUCUCAGAGUGACCAUCCAAGAAAGCGCCAGCAGCUCCGUCAACGGGGGCUCUCCUACCAGCGGCACAAUAACACCCAUACGAAAGAAGAUGGAGCGCAAAAAAUCCAGUCCUAUGAUGCCGACUUUCAUGGUCUCGGCGCCAGGAAAGGUCAUUGUGUUUGGAGAGCACGCUGUGGUUCACGGCAAGGCUGCGAUUGCUGCCGCCAUCUCCCUGCGGUCUUACCUGCUCGUCAACACGCUUUCCAAGUCUAAGAGAACUGUAACGCUGAAGUUCCCCGAUAUCGAGUUCGAUCAUUCGUGGAAUAUCGACGAGCUCCCAUGGAAGAUCUUCCAGCAACCAGGGAAAAAGAAGUACUACUACAGCCUCGUCACCGAGAUCGACCAAGAACUCGUUGACGCCGUACAACCCUUCCUCGCCGAUGUCUCGAUAGACAAGCCCGCCGACAUCCGCAAGGUGCACCAGAACUCGGCCGGCUCCUUCCUCUACAUGUUCCUCUCCCUCGGCUCGCAGUCGUUCCCCGGCUGCCAGUACACAUUGCGCUCGACGAUUCCCAUCGGAGCCGGCCUGGGCAGUAGCGCUACCAUUGCCGUCUGCUUGUCGGCAGCGCUCCUUCUCCAGCUUCGGACACUGUCCGGUCCCCAUCCCGACCAGCCUCCCGAGGAGGCCAGGCUACAAAUCGAGCGCAUCAACCGGUGGGCAUUUGUCUAUGAGAUGUUCAUCCACGGCAACCCGUCGGGCGUGGACAACACGGUAUCAACACAGGGCAAGGCGGUUGUCUUCCAACGGACAGACUACAACCAGCCACCCUCCGUGCGGCCCCUGUGGGACUUUCCCAAGCUCCCGCUGCUCCUCGUAGAUACCAGGACGGCCAAGUCAACAGCGCAUGAGGUCGCCAAGGUGGCCACGCUAAAGAAGAAGCACCCGCAGCUGGUGGGCACGAUCCUGACCGCCAUCGACCAGGUCACGCACAGCUCUGCGCAGCUGAUUGAGGAGCAAGGGUUCAACACGGAGGAUGAGGAGAGCCUGAGCAAGGUGGGCGAGAUGAUGACCAUCAACCACGGCCUGCUGGUAUCGCUGGGCGUGUCGCACCCCCGUUUGGAGCGCGUGCGCGAGCUUGUGGAUCAUGAGGGGAUCGGGUGGACGAAACUCACUGGUGCGGGCGGUGGCGGAUGCUCCAUCACGCUUCUGCGGCCGAAUGUGCCGCGCGAGAAGCUCGAUAAGCUGGAGAAGCAGCUGGAUGAGGAGGGGUACUCCAAGUUCGAGACAACACUUGGUAGCGACGGUGUUGGCGUGCUUUGGCCGGCUGUACUGAAGAACGGCAUGGAUGAGGACGAGGAGGGCGGCAUGGAGAUUGACCUUGAGAAGUUCCUCAGCGCGGACAGUAACGAGGCGCUUGAGAAGCUUGUCGGUGUACACGGUGACCGGGGCGAGCGAGAGGGCUGGAAGUUCUGGAGGGUUGAGAACCGGGACUAA